AUGGCUCUUCAAAAGCUUUUUGGGGAUGGGUCGGCGGCCGACACCGCCCCUAAGAGCUCUGGAGCCCAAGCCCACGUCGACGAGUUCACAUCCAAACACGAUCAUCUCGACCGCGACCAGCUUGCUCGACUCGGCAAGAAGCAGGUUCUGAGACGCACUUUUGGCUUCUUUUCCAUUGUCGGCCUCAGCUGCACCGUCCUGAUCACGUGGGAGGGAUCUCUCAUCCUGUUCCAACAAGGCUUGAUGAAUGGCGGCCCGGCCGGCGUCAUCUACAGCUACCUCUUCGUCUGGCUCGGCAACCUCAGCGUCUUCUCCACCCUCUCCGAGCUCGCCUCAAUGGCCCCGACGUCCGGCGGACAAUACCAUUGGGUUGCCAUGCUGGCGCCCCGGUCCUGCUCCAAGGUCCUCAGCUACGUGACGGGCUGGCUGGCGGUGGGCGGAUGGCAGGGCACUGUGGCCACUGCCAGCUACCUGUCCGGAAGCAUGAUCCAGGCCCUAAUCAUCAUGACUGUAUCGUCUUAUGAGCCGCAGCCAUACCAAGGAACUCUCCUUUCCUGGGCCGUUGCCGCGUUCUGCGUCUUCAUCAACGUCUUGGCCAGCGUCUGGCUGCCUCGCUUCGAGAGCCUCAUCCUAGUCCUCCACAUUGCCGGCUUCUUUGCCAUCCUCAUCCCCGUUGUCGUCCUUGGACCGCAUAGUGAUGCUAGUACUGUCUUUACCACAUUCCAGAACGGCGGCGGUUGGCCAACGCAAGGAUUGUCCUUCUUCGUUGGCAUGAUUGGACAAGUAUUUGCCUUUGUCGGCGUCGACGCUGCAUUUCACCUGUCCGAAGAGGUCCACAACGCCGCCGUCGUUGUGCCCCAAUCAAUCAUAAUGAGCAUGUUGAUCAACGGCACGCUGGGAUUCGCCAUGAACAUUGCAGUACUGUUCUGCAUGGGAAACCUGGAUGAUGCGCUGAACUCCAAACUGCCCUUUGCCUUUAUGGAAAUAUUCCUGCAGGCCACUCGAUCAGUUGCUGGAGCGGCCACAAUGUCGUCGCUGGUGUUGGUUCUUGCCAUAUCGGCCACCGUCGGCAUUUACGCGUCGACAUCUCGAGUAUUCUGGUCGUUUGCCCGCGACCGAGGUCUUCCAUUCUGGAAGGCACUUUCCAAGAUCGACUCUCGGACCGCCGUUCCGCGCCGUGCAGUCCUCCUCACUGCCACCAUAUCUUGUUUACUGGGACUCAUCAACAUUGGAUCCUCCACAGCGUUCAAUGACGUGGUAUCAUUGUCAGUCUCGGGUCUCUACGCAUCGUACCUCAUAGCGACGGGUUUGCUCCUCUACCGCCGCUGCACCAGCGGGUUCGCAUUGCCUGAUACUUCGGCCCCGCUACCUGCCCUCGCCAAUACGGCUGGUGCAGAGCUGGUUUGGGGAAACUGGCACGUCCCUGGUGCAUUGGGCAUCAUCAACAACGGAGUGGCGUGCGUCUACCUGGUCAUUGUGCUGUUCUUUAGCCUCUGGCCUCCGGUCACCCCGGUUAACGCGGAGACCAUGAACUACAGCGUCCUGGUCACAGGCGCAGUCGCCAUCUUCAGUGCCAUCUAUUACUUUGUCUGGGCGAGGAAGGUGUACAAGGGUCCAGUCGUCGAGACCUGA